AUGUUGGUGUGGCAAGUUGUCCACCAUGCGCGCAAGUUCAGUGCCCUUGGCCGCAAUUUGAGGAGAAGUCGGCGAGCUUCUGAACUGAAGGUGGUCGACAGGCCUAACGACAUCUUGCAAGAUGCAGAGGCUUUGUGGAGGGAUCUGAACGGGCUCGAGCUGAAGCUGACGCCAGCUGGUGUUGACCCAGAGGGCUUUCAGCUGCUGGAGGCCAGCACUCCGCUUGAAAUAGACCAGUGGCUGGAAGAGGAAGAAGCUCAUCAGAAGAGGCUGGAAGAUUUGCGAGGACUUCAACAAGAGAUGUUCGAGCAGGCCCGAAAAGCCGCGGCGGAUCUCACUCCGGAUGCAUGCUUGCUAGAGGGCUUGAACAUGGCCGAGAUCCUCCGCCUGCCCAAAGGCUCCAAGAAGCUGGUCAGAAAAGCCACCACCAAGAAUUUGUGA